CGCAAAACUCCACACGAUCAAACGCAGCCAAAAAAAACAGCGUACGACAGAAAUUCCUCUAAGCAACAACUUUUGAUUCCAACAACGUCACAACAACAUAAUUCAAUCCAUAAAAAAAAGACAGAAAAUCAAUCGUACUAAAAAAAACAUUUCGAGUGUUUGUGUAGUGUACGGACACAAAGAAUGGUGAAAUCGAACAUGGAAAAAACUGCGGCGGAGAGAAGCGAUUCAUUGUAUAGAGGAAUAAGGAAGAGGAAGUGGGGGAAAUGGGUGUCGGAAAUCAGACUACCAAACAGCCGCCAAAGAAUAUGGUUAGGUUCUUAUGAUUCUGCUGUUAAAGCCGCGCGUGCAUUUGACGCGGCUAUGUUUUGCUUACGUGGCAGUGGUGCUAAGUUUAAUUUUCCGGAUGAUCCGCCGGAUAUCGCGGGAGGGAGGUCUAUGACACCUUCUCAGAUUCAAGCUGCUGCUGCCCGUUUUGCCAAUUCGGGUCGACCCGUUAACACUCCGAUUGAAACUCCGUCUUCAUCGGUGGGGACAGUAUUGUGGCCUAUGGAGUCACAGUCUCCAGCCCUCUCCGAUGCGACGGUUCAGAUGGACUGCGACAUCACAGAAAACUGGUUAUCGGUAAAUGGAUCGGGUAAUUAUGUACCCGAUUACUCUAUUUUUCCGGGUUUUGAUGAUUUUGGUGGCGAUUUCUUUGGGCCGGAAUUGCCAAAUUAUGAUUAUGGAGAUGAGAACAUUAAUGGGUUGAUAUUUCAUGACUCUUUCUUAUGGAAUUUCUAAAUGGGUCCGGUUGCGGAUUGUUUUGUAUAUCCGAAACUCAGACAAGAACCCGGGUUUGGGUAGGACAAUUUUUUAGUACCUUGUCCUAUGCUAAUUUUUUGUCAUAAUAUUUUUUCGAGAGAUUAAGAUUUUAAUUUUGUGGAUAUGAAUCAUGAAACAAUGUAAAGUGGUCUUGAUAAUGUGAUUUUUUGGCCUUUCUUUUAAUUAUAAAAGGAUAAGGUUUUUUCACUCGCAUAA